GUGGCAAAUUGUGAAACCAUAAUUUAACCUGUUACCGUUUUUUCAUUAAUUUUGUGUUAAAAAAGUAAUCUCUGUGAAAACCUUACAAUACAAGAAUUAAUAAGAGAGAUAUUUUACACGUAAAUUCGAUAUUGCUUAGAAUUUAUCAUGGAUAAUAAGUCUGAUGAACAGUCCACUGCGGAGAAAUCGAUUUUUAAUGCAAUAGCGCAGGAAGAUAUGGACGAGUUUAAGAAUAUUUUAGCUCAUCACAAGGGUAGUGUUGAUUUGUUUGACGAAAAUGGUAUGACGGCACUUCAGCAUGCCGCUUAUAAGGGCAACAAGGAUAUGGUUCAAAUGCUACUUGAUAGAGGUGCGGACGUGAAUUCUGGAAAACAUGAAUAUAAUUAUACCGCUCUACAUUUCGGGGCGUUGUCAGGCAACUCGGAUGUAUGCAAAUUGUUGUUAAAUGCUGGAGCCAAACCCACUGCAACAAACUCUGUAGGAAGAACCGCGGCUCAAAUGGCUGCUUUUGUGGGGAACCACCACACAGUGGCUACAAUAAACAAUUUUGUACCUUUAUCUGAGAUCUCAUACUAUUCUAUUCCAAGAGGUCAGCAGACAGAACCCUACCUCCCACCAGUGUUGGUGGAUCCAUUACACAAAUUUGUACUCGGUGUCAAUAUUCAUCCUGUCCGAUUAGCACUUAAUUUACAAAAUUCCCCUGCUCUGCUAGACAAUGCUGACAAAGCUAGCAAAGUGCUUGAAUUAUUAAGUAAAAAAGAGAUGACUAGAGGAAGUGAUACCAAUGAAGUAAUGGCCUUUAAAUAUCAUUACCUUUCUUAUAUUCUCAAUGAAAUAUUUAACAUUAGAGAUAAGCAAAAACCAAACACCGAAAAUAAAGAGGAAAAGAAACACGAUCCAAUUGAAAUAUUCUCAAAGAAGUUACUAAAGCCUGGCAAAGAUGGCAUAUCUCUGGAUCUGAUGGAUGCAUUCCUAAAGGACUGCGUAAGAGAGUUCCCAUACAGAGAAUGUACAACAUUCCACCAGAUGGUGACCUCUCUUACCAGUAAAGAUCCCCCUCCUGCUCUGUCGGUGAUAAACUGUACUAUCAAUGGUCAGCGUGGUUUCGUUGAUGCAAUACCAUACUGCAGCACUUGUGGUGAAGAGAAGCCGGCUAAGAAAUGUUCCAAAUGCAAAACUGUGCAAUACUGCGACAGAGAGUGCCAACGUCUACAUUGGUUUGUGCACAAAAAAGCUUGCAACAGAGAAACUGCACCUGUGACUACGUCUACUAAUACUAAACCAGUCAUAGAUGCAACAGAAUUAACGUCUCAGUUGCAAAACCUGGUCGCUGGAUAGACUUCCAGUGUUUAUUAUAGAAAUAGUAUGCUUCUACUUAAUCUUUUCUACUGUAAUUCAGUAAUUUAUUAACCGUCUGCUAUGAUUUAAAUUUUACAGUAUAUUUCAAUAUCUGAAAUGAAUUCCAAA